UUUCCCUGGUUUCCUUGGUGAGGUCUUUCGCUGGUCGAUCACAAUCAGUUCUAUUCAAACUUCCCGUGAAGACGGAUUGUGCUAAGUGCAGUGACAGUGAAGGUUUUUAAGUGAAUCGAGAUGAUUUUCCUGACCAUUUUUGGUCUCCUGGUCACUUUGGGCUUCUCCGGGGUCCGAGGCGAUUUUAACGAUUUUGACCAUGAUCUCGAGGCCGUAGACAACUCUCCAAUGGUUGGUGGUCCUUUUGGAAUUGGUGGGCUGAAGUUAGGACAUAUCGGAAGGCUCAGAUUUGGCGGAAUUUCCGGUGUUAAACUAGCUCCGAAACUUUUUGGCGGAUCCAUCCUUGGCUCAGGCAACCCCCUUGAUGAACAGUGGAGUGAAUUUAAUGAAAUCCCAAAUGGGGAAAUGAUGAUGCCAGUUGCUCCUUUUGUGGGAGAUCCUCAACCCUACUACGGAGUUGAUCCCUUUGAAGAUGACAUGCCCGAUGAUGCCAGGACUUUCAAGAAAAAGAAGAAGAAGAAGGAGGAGCACCAUCAUCAUCACUACAGUCACAAACAGCAACUUCACAUUGUUGUUCCUGAAUACAGUCACGGAGGACAUGGUGGAGGAUAUGGAGGAUACGGCGGCGGAUACGGUGGUGGAUAUGGUGGAGGAUAUGGAGGACACGGAGGUGGAUACGGUGGACACGGUGGACAUUUCAGAGGAUUCGGUGGUGGAUACGGAGGAGGACACGGUGGAGGAUACGGUGGCGGAUAUGGAGGACACGGCGGAGGUUACGGUGGACAUUCAGGAUAUGGUGGUGGUUACGGAGGCCAUGGAGGACACGGAGGUUAUGGUGGACACGGAGGUUAUGGUGGACAUGGGGGAUACGGAGGACAUGGAGGCUACGGUGGACACGGAGGAUAUUCUGGGCACGGCGGAAGUGGUUUGAAAUACAAAGUGUACUCCCUGGGAGGUGGAGGGGGCCACGGUGGUGGAAAAGGAGGAUAUGGUGGUCACGGUGGUGGCUUUGGAGGAGGACAUGGCAAAGGUGGUUACUCGAACUCCCACUAUCGCUCAAUGGACGGAAAUUGUGAAGAAGAUGGGCAGUGUGACCAAAAGCUCGUAGGUGCUCCAACGUUCGAUCUUGUAGGAGCGCCAACAUUUGACCUGGUGGGAGCGCCAACAUUUGAUCUCGUGGGAGCGCCAACCUUCGAUGUCUACCCGGCAAACAAUCAGUUCAGCUCUUAAGUGAUCCUGUCGUCUCUUCUCCCUGGCUACCCAUUAUGAGCCUGCCAUUUCUGGGAUUUCUCCCUGCCGAAGAACUACCAGAACACUCCUGGCAUUUUUUAGAACUAGAUAAUCAUCAUGGGCAGUGAGAACCCAACCAUCAGCUAAAUCGAGAUCAAAAAUUUUCUUUUGUGAAUAAAAUUAGUUUUUUUUUUGAUAGAAAA